AUGCUUCAAAAUCCUCUUGACUUUCAGAUCAUCAUGUCUCGACGUGCUCCACCACCGAUUGAAGGGCUCUACUCUCUAAAGGUCGAUAACAUUUCCUAUAAUACAACCCAAGCGGACCUUCGUCGAAUGUUUGACAAAUAUGGAGAAAUUGGGGACAUUCAUAUUCCUAGAGACAAAUACACUCGACAGAGCAAAGGAUUCGGAUUUGUACGUUUUUACAGUCGCCGCGAUGCUGAGUACGCUAUGGAUCGAACUGAUGGACGCUGGGUUGAAGGGCGUGAAAUUCGUGUGGCAAUGGCUCGCUAUGAGCGGCCCAUUGAUGAGAGAGGAGCCUAUACAAGACGUGGGAGGUAA